AUGUCUCUCAGUCCACCAGCGUCCGAGUCAGCGACCGAGUCAUUUCUCCGUCCGCGCACUAGUUCCACUACCUUCGUGACGGUGGGCUCUACCCGCUUUGACACUCUCGUCCAGGCCGUCCUAUCCGAUUCCGUGCUUGAUGCGCUGCGCUCGCGAGGAUACUCGAGACUCGUCGUCCAGUCCGGCAACUCGGAUUUUGAUGCGAGCUCCUUUGAGGCAUCGGGGGAGGGGCUCACGCGCACUGCAGCAGAUGGGAUUGACAUAGAGGUGUGGAAGUUCAGGCCCUCUUUGCAGGAGGAGUACGAGCAGGCGGGGUUAAUAAUCAGCCAUGCCGGCUCUGGCACCAUCCUCGAUGUCCUUCGCCUCGGCAAGCCACUGAUAGUCGUUCCCAACCCCACCUUAUUGGAUAACCACCAGCAGGAACUCGCCGACGCUCUAGCUGCGCUCGGACAUCUGCAGUCUUCUACUGUCUCCACGUUGUCUGAGACCAUCCAGGGUCUGACAAACGUCAAACUGGUACCGUUUCCUCCGUUCAAUGGUAGUAGAUUUCGUGAGCUACUAGACGAUGAGAUGGGGUACAGCGAAUCGGAGGCCCAAUAG